AUGGCAGCCUCCGUUCGAGUGAUGCCAAAUGCCGCCAAGCGAGCUUCGAGCCUCCUUAGAACCAUCCAGUACACCCAUCCGCCGUCGUGUCCAUGCCACUCCAAUCCGGGCUACCACCGGCGUGCGCCCACACCCCUCUCUCACACUCAGAACAGAGGAGGGCGCCGCUAUGCUACGCCCUCGAAUGCGGACCUGAAGGAGUAUGCCUUUGAAAUGGCGGCUUCCUCCAUCCGGUUCGGUGCUGGUGCCACGCAGGAAGUCGGCAUGGAUCUCCAGAACCUCGGCUCGAAAAGGGUCUGUGUUGUCACUGACCAGACCGUCAACCAACUCGACGCCAUGAGACAGGUCCGGGAGAGCCUCGAUCGCGAAGGCAUCAACUACAAAGUCUACUCCGACGUGAGGAUAGAACCAAAAGACAGCUCCAUCAAGGACGCCAUUGCGUGGGCCCGGCCGUACGAACCAGAUGCCUUCCUCGCCGUCGGUGGAGGAUCCGUCAUGGACACGGCCAAGCUGAUGAACCUCUACUCGUCGUACCCCGAUGCCGACUUCCUUGACUUUGUCAACGCACCACUGGGCAAGGGGCGCCCAAUUGACAAGCCCCUGAGGCCAUUGAUUGCCGUCCCAACCACUGCGGGCACUGGCAGCGAGACCACGGGAACAGCCAUUUUCGAUCUCGUUUCCAAGAGAGCCAAGACGGGCGUCGCUCAUCGGAACCUCAAGCCUACGCUUGGAAUAUGCGAUCCGCUCAACACGCGCACCAUGCCUGCUGCUGUCAAGGCCAGCUCCGGCCUCGACGUCUUGUGCCACUCUCUCGAAUCGUGGACGGCGAUCCCGUAUACCGAGCGUACACCCCGGCCGACGAACCCUAUCCUCCGUCCAGCCUAUCAGGGUGCCAACCCCAUUUCAGACAUCUUCUCCCUCAACGCACUGAAGAGCACAAUCAAGUAUCUCCCACGCGCUGUUAAGGAUCCCGAGGAUUUUGAAGCGCAGAGCGAGAUGCUAUUGGCGGCAACGCUUGCCGGAGUUGGCUUUGGAAACGCGGGCGUCCACUUGUGCCACGGCAUGUCGUAUCCUAUCUCGGGCCAAAACCCGGGGUACAAGCACGCUGGCUAUGACAUUCCGAACCCGCUCAUUCCACACGGCGUUUCGGUGGCGGUUUCUGCCCCCGCCGUCUUCCGGUUCACGGCGCCUUCUAACCCGGAAAGACAUCUCAUCGCGGCUGAGGCAUUCGGCGUGGACAUUUCCAACGCCAAGGCGGAGAGUGCUGGUGAGAUUCUGGCAGAGGCACUGAUCAAGUUUUUGCAGGAUCUGGGUGACCAGCCAAACGGCUUGAAGGACCUGGGCUUCGGCAGCGAACACAUUGACGCGCUCGUCGAAGGCACCAUUCCUCAGGCCCGAGUGCUAAAGCUUGCUCCCAGCCUCUCUACCGAACUGCAGACUGAGAAGGAGCAAUUGCGUGCGCUUUUCGAGAAUGCUAUGAGCUAUUGA